GCAGCAUAGUCAUUCGCUUUACGAGAAGGGUGGAAGGGAAGGGGGGGGGGGAUGGAUAGGUAGGUGAUGGUGGUGGUGAGACUUGGAAAAGCCCAGCUCGGUUGGGCGACUUUGCCUUUGGAGCCUUGGCUAGCCACGCUACGCCUGUUCAGUCUAGCGUUGGCACACGUGAUUCUGCAGUCCGAGGCCGCAGGGGUGGUCUACGUUUUCUUUAUUAUGAAAGGGGGGGCAAUCUGUACCUUAUGAAGAGGCUAGUUUAACCUCAUCGG